GUGGGCACCAAACGGCCGAGAAGGUUGGACCCUGCUCCCCUGCUCCAACCGUCCCCGCGGGGAUCGAUCCCGGCCACGGACGGACACCGACCCCGGGGUUGUGCAAUGGGGCUGACGACACAUUUUGGGUGGUCUCGUGGCCAGCUCUGGUUCGGCAUGAAGCUGGGUUAGCAGCAAAAUGAACUUCCCAGGGGAAGAUGCCCGUUGGGUUGAACACUUGGUAGCUGAAAGCUGAAGCGUGGGUCACCAGCCUGUGCGGAGGAGAACAGGAUGCGGGUCACCAUGAGGAGGGUCUUGCUGGUGGUGGGCUCGGUGGCGGCCCUGAUGGUGACUCUGCACCUCGGGCAGCAGGUCCUGGAGUGCCAACAGGUCCUGAGUGAGAGGAGGCACAGGCUGAUGAGACCUGAGAACGAGGAGCUGGUCAUGAUGGACUCCAACCACGUCGAGUACCGUUACAGCAAGGAGAUGCCCCUGAUAUUCAUUGGGGGGGUCCCGCGGAGCGGCACGACGCUGAUGAGGGCCAUGCUGGAUGCUCACCCUGAGGUGCGCUGCGGGGAGGAGACCCGCAUCAUCCCCCGGGUGCUGGCCAUGAGACAGGCCUGGUCCAAAUCCGGGCGAGAGAAGAUGCGCCUGGACGAGGCGGGGGUUACGGACCAAGUUUUGGACGCCGCCAUGCAGGCCUUUAUACUGGAAGUGAUUGCCAAGCACGGUGAGCCGGCCAGGUACUUGUGCAACAAGGACCCCUUCACGCUCAAGUCCUCCGUCUACCUGUCCAGGUUGUUCCCCAACUCCAAAUUCCUCUUGAUGGUUCGAGACGGCCGGGCUUCCGUCCACUCCAUGAUCACCCGGAAAGUGACGAUCGCGGGCUUCGACCUCAACAGCUACCGGGACUGCCUGACCAAGUGGAACAAAGCCAUCGAGGUGAUGUACUCCCAGUGCCUGGAGAUCGGGCGCUCCCGCUGCCUGCCCGUCUACUACGAGCAGCUGGUGCUGCACCCCGAGCAGUCCAUGCACGCCAUCAUGAAGUUCCUGGACAUCUCCUGGAGCGACACAGUGCUGCACCACGAGGAGCUGAUAGGGAAGCCCGGCGGGGUGUCGCUUUCCAAGAUAGAACGAUCCACGGACCAGGUUAUCAAGCCGGUGAACAUGGAGGCGUUGUCGAAAUGGAUCGGGCACAUCCCGGGGGAUGUGCUGCAGGACAUGGCCCACAUCGCGCCGAUGCUCGCCAGGCUGGGCUACGACCCCUACGCCAACCCCCCCAACUACGGCCACCCCGACCCCUUGGUUGUCAACAACACGCACAGAAAUAUUGACUCAUAGCCCUGGAGCAGGACUGGAAGGAAGAAGCUGCAGAGCCACAGACAGCAGUUACUAAAGAGAGGGAGUUUCUCGUGCUUUGGGGUGGACUGGUUUCCUCCCUGGCCUGAGGCUGGGCUCUGCAACCACCCCAGUUUUGCACGUGCUCCCCAUAAUGGUGGCCUUGGACAAGGUGUUCUUUGUCACAUUGGGGGGAGCAAGGGAACGUCUGUGCAUGGGACCAGGUCCCUCUGGUAUUAUCUGCAAAUCGUGGCCAGGCAGGGAAGCAGCAGCACUGACCUGGAAGGUUGGAAUAGCUUUCCUGGAGCUGGUCCCUGCUCUGGUCUCUUCCAGCUCCUCUCUGCUCUCUCUGCUUAUGAGGGCUGUUCUAGACACGGUGGUUUAGGUGAACAUCUGCCCUGGGCAGGGUCAGCGACUCUUUGGGUCUCUGACGUGGACCUUUCAGUGCUUCUUGGGAUGAAUUUGGAGAAGUGGCACGAUGGUAAAGACCAAAAUACUCUCCCCUCCCAGGCUAAAGGGGAGACCAGAGAAGUGCUUGUGUCGGUUCCCUGCUCCGGUGGGAUGCUCUUCCCUGUCUUUGGUUACAGUCAGAAAAGAGGAAACCUCCUGCUUUUGCCCCAAUAUAGCACCACGAUGUAGAACAAAGACCCUUCAGGGUAUUUCAGCUGGUUCAGGUUUACUGGGAGGUAGGAUGCAAUUAACGAGGUGGACUUACCCAUGUUCAUAGAGCCACUACCCCAGAAGGGUCACUCCCGUUUUCUCUUUU